AUGCCACCUCCGCCUGGCUUCUCCGUGAUUCAGAAGUCUUCUCAACCGUCAGGACGGGACUCUCUUGAACUUGCCUCCCUGGCUGACUCUGAUGCUGACGAGCUCCCUACUUCGGAGUCUUCACGUUCUGGCACCUCGUCGUCACGCCGACUCUCCCUAGAAAACGACGACCCCUUAGACAGCGCGAAUCCAGCGGCAACGGCAACUGCAUCAGCACGCGACCGCAUCCAUGGACGAUCGUACUCAGUCUCCUCGGCCUUUGACUUCACCCCGGCCCUCUUCCCACUCUCCUCGACCGGGGGGGGCUACACCGCGCUAGGGAAUCCGUCCAAUGUCUCCCUUUCUCUGGACAGACGGGCGGCGGCGCUGCAGAGUCUGGAGAAGAACAAAACGUUGACAUAUCUGAACGGAUUGUCGUUGGUGGUCGGAUUGGUAAUUGGGUCUGGAAUAUUCUCGUCUCCAGCACAGGUGAACUCUCAUGCAGGAUCGCCUGGGGCAUCUUUGAUUGUGUGGACGAUAUCCGGACUAUUGGCGUGGACGGGGGCAGCAUCGUAUGCGGAACUAGGGGGGGCGAUCCCACUGAACGGAGGGGCGCAGGUGUAUUUGGCCAAAAUUUUCGGCGAAAUCGCCGGCUUCCUUUUCACCUGGUGUGCGAUUCUGGUACUGAAGCCCGGCUCGGCAGCCAUCAUCGCCAUCAUUUUCGGAGAGUACAUUGUGCGCGCCGCCAUCGGCGCCGAGGUCGAAGACGUCAACCCGUGGAUCAACAAGGCUCCUGCCCUGAUUGCUUUGAUGCUGGUGACGCUGUUCAACUGCGUGUCGACGCGGUUCGCCGCCCGGUUGGGGGAUCUUUUCAUGUUUUUCAAAUUCAUCGCCCUCCUGGCCGUCACGGUCAUCGGCAUCAUCGUGGCGGUCACGGGCCUCUCGACCAACGGGCCGGCCAACAAGGAUUGGAAGAACCACAACUGGUUCGAAGGCACGUCGAACGACAUUUCCGAUUGGGCUGUUGCGCUGUAUGCUGGUCUCUGGGCCUACGACGGCUGGGAUAACACCAACUAUGUGACUGGAGAAUUCAAGAAUCCCAGCCGCGACCUGCCGCGGGUGAUCCACACGUCCAUGCCUGCCGUCAUUGCAUGUUAUAUCCUUGCCAACAUUUCGUACAUCUUCGUCCUUCCGCAGGAGACCAUCGACAAAUCAAACACCGUGGCUGUACAAUUCGGCAGCAAAGUCUUUGGUCCAAUCGGAGGGCUCAUUCUGGCCUUGAUAGUGUCGGCGUCCUGCUUUGGCGCCUUGAAUGCCACGACGUUUACGUCCGGGCGUCUGGUCUACGUCGCCGGCCGCGAGGGCUAUAUCCCAUCUGUGUUCGGCAAGAUCGGGUUCGGCUACGGGGUGGAGGGACAGCAGAUCCCAACAAUGAACAAACUGCGCAAGCGGUCAUGGCUGUCAAAGACAUUGGGCAAGGUCUUUGGCGACGAAUCCAUCGGCCUGGGCUACACGCCCGUCAACGCCAUGCUGCUCAACAUGGUGCUCUGCAUGGUCUACAUCUGUCUAGGCGAGUUCAGGACCUUAAUUACUUUCUAUGGUGUCGCCGGCUACUCCUUUUAUUUUUUGACCGUGUUGGGGCUCAUCGUCCUGCGCAUUCGUGAGCCUCACCUCGAACGUCCCUACCGCACUUGGAUCAGCACCCCGAUCAUCUUUUGCUGCGUCAGUCUGUUCCUGGUCAGCCGCGCCGUCAUCGCCCAACCUUUGCAGACCGUCAUUGUCGUCGCUUUUCUUGCCAGCGGCGUGCCUGUCUAUUUUUGGCGCGUCGCGGGGCGCGAUGGGCCUUUACGUACAGGCAAGAGAGAAUCAAGGUUCUGGAGGCGCUGGGGCAGGUCCUAA